AUGCUAGAACCAAUGCGGUCACUCGUCACGGCUCUGCAAGGCAGGCAUGUAGAAGAAUUUUUUGGUCUUUUGAUCAGCUCCUAUACCGGCAGAAAUACGCAAAGUGAUCUACUUGUGUGUACGUGAAAGCUAAUCUCGAGCACAACUGAUGGGAUCGACUGGAGGACGUCCGCGUGUUUACAGCAAACAAAGACAUCGUGAAAACCAACCAGCAGAGUCAGAUGUACAAUACUGGAAGCGAACAGUAGCAAUAUCCUUCCUUGACGUCAUUUUCUCGGGGCUCAAAAGUCGCUUCAGCAACGAAAAGAGGACACAUUACAAGCUAUGCACUCUAAUUCCUCAGGUCAUCGUUGCAAGGUCUGAAUAA